AUGAAUGAACAGAUCAGCUUUAUUUUCCGCUUUUCAGCGUUCACGAGUUACGCCUUCUGCAACGCUGUGACGGCCGUGUGGACCUGGUGGUUCGCCCACUCGAAACUGCUGGAACUCGGCGACACGGUGUUCAUCGUGCUGCGGAAGCGCCACCUCAUGUUCCUGCACUGGUACCACCACAUCACCGUCUUGGUCUACACCUGGUUCUCCAUGUCCAACUUUUCCAGCCACGGCCGAUGGUUCGUCACCUGCAACCUGGCCAUCCACGCCGUCAUGUACUCGUACUACGCAGUUCGUGCCCUCGGGAUCCGCAUUCCCAGGUCCAUUUCGAUGGCCGUCACUUCCUCGCAACUCCUGCAAAUGAUCCUGGGCAUCUUCAUCAGCGUCAGCGCGUACGGGUUCAAGCGUCGCGGGGUUCCGUGCUCGGCAACCACUGCCAACUUGUUCGCGUCCUCGCUCAUGUACAUGAGCUACUUCCUGCUCUUCCUCAAGUUCUUCUUCGACGCGUAUUUGGCAAAGUCCCUGGCGAGAGCGAAAAAGACCGACGGAGACCAGCUCGUCAAGGCGGCGAUGACCAAGUUCGUGGAGAAGGAGACUGCGGAUGUGGCAGCCAGGCUCAGGAGGAUCCGCCACGCCGCGACGUAUUAA